AGCCGAGAUGCUCUUCGCGCUGACCAAGCCCGCUCCGCUGACGGAGCAAGUGCGCUCCAGGGAUGGCUGCAUCUACCUCUAUCGAGCCAUGAGGUUCAUUGGCUGGCGGCCGCCCAAGUCGGGGAUGCUGCGCUACGUCUAUCUGACGUGGACGGUGCUCACGUUCAUGUGGUGCACCACGUAUCUGCCGCUCGGCUUCCUGGGCAGCUACAUAACGGAGAUCAAGCACUUCUCGCCGGGCGAGUUUCUCACCUCGCUGCAGGUGUGCAUCAAUGCGUAUGGAUCCUCGGUCAAGGUGGCCAUCACCUACUCGCAGCUGUGGCGCCUGGUCAAGGCCAAGGACAUCCUGGACAAGCUGGAUCUGCGCUGCACCAGUCUCGAGGAGCGCGAGAAAAUCCAUCUGGUCGUCGCACGCGCCAAUCACGCGUUCCUCAUCUUCACCAUCGUCUACUGCGGCUAUGCGGGCUCCACAUAUCUCAGCUCCGUGCUCAACGGCCAUCCGCCCUGGCAGCUCUACAAUCCCUUCAUCGACUGGCACGACGGCGUACUGAAGCUGUGGACCGCCUCCACGUUGGAGUACAUCGUCAUGUCCGGGGCUGUGCUGCAGGACCAGCUGUCGGACACCUACCCCUUGAUCUACACCCUCAUCCUGCGCACUCACCUCGACAUCUUGAGGGAGCGCAUUAGCAGCCUGCGCACGGACCCCGCCAUGACUGAGGACGAGAACUACGAGGCGCUGGUCAAGUGCGUCAUCGACCAUAAGCAGAUCCUCGACUACUGCGCUCUCAUCCGCCCCGUCAUCUCGGGCACGAUCUUCACUCAGUUCCUGCUGUGCGGCCUCGUCCUCGGUCUCACGCUGAUCAAUGUUUUCUUCUUCUCGGACCUGUGGACGGGCAUCGCCUCGUUCCUCUUCGUCAUCACCGCCCUGCUGCAGACGUUCCCCUUCUGCUACACCUGCAACCUGAUUAUGGACGACUGCGAGGCCCUCUCGCACGCUCUCUUUCAGAGUAAUUGGAUUGACUCGGGCUCCCGCUACCAGUCGACUCUAUUGUACUUUCUCCACAAUGUGCAGCAGCCCAUCGUUUUCAUAGCCGGCGGCAUUUUUCCGAUUUCAAUGAGCAGCAACAUCAGCGUCGCGAAGUUUGCCUUUUCGGUCAUAACCAUUACGAAGCAAAUGAAUAUUGCGGAUAAAUUCAAGAGUGAGUGAAAAAUUC